AUGUCUGUCGAAUGUUUUGGCAGUCGGGAUUGGCUUGGUAAUUAUGUCAAGAUCAAUGUUGGAGGUUCCUUAUUUUACACCACCAUAUCUACCCUCACACGGGAAGAUAGUAUGCUCAAAGCACUGUUCAGUGGACGUAUGGACGUUAAAACUGACGAUGACGGUUGGGUUCUUCUGGAUCGCAGUGGCAAGCACUUUCACCUGAUCCUCAACUAUCUUCGCGAUGGUUCCGUUCCAUUGCCUGACAAUCGUCAGGAUCUUGAAGAGCUUCUUGUUGAGACGCGUUUCUACUGCCUAGAGGGUCUGCGCCGCAUGUGCGAAGAGAAGCUGGAAAAGUUGGUGGCAGAAACACAAGAGAAACCCAAUGCGGCGAGCAUCUACAUUGUUAAGUAUCCCAAAGUCACGAAAGCUAUAUUUGCCUCCACGAAAAAGCCAGUCGUCAAAUUAACAAUGAACCGAUACAACAACGUGUUCUCGUACACCAAUAACUCGCACGACAACCUGCUUCGGAAUAUUGAGUGCUUGGAGAAGUAUGCUCUCAUGUUCGCCGAUCGGGUGGUCUUCAUCAAGGAUGUGAGAGACAAGUGUGAACAAAAUGAGAUUUGCGAAUGGGGCUUCUACUGGCGGUGCCACAAACUCAAGAGCAUCGAUUGCAUUGCCAUUCACUACUCCUCCGAAAAACGACUCAUCAAGGUCGAAUUCCCCGAAUCGAAGAUUCACGAAGAAAUGCUCUUCCUUCUCUCCAUCUCCGAUCGCGACCUCUCCGAUGCAGAAAUCCUCGACACCGCAAUGUGCCGUGGCAGCGCAGCUGGUCUCAGUCUCCCCACUACCGCUGCUGUCUCCCAACCCUCCACCUCCCCCGCCGACCCCAAUGAAGAGUCCAUCGCUCAUGAACCAGAAACUGCGUCUUCUUCCUCGGUUGCCUCCUCUUCCGUCCCAACCACUGCUGCCUCUGCUUCUGCCUCCGCCUCUACCUCUGCCAUCUCCCGGGGAGUGAGAGGAGAGGAGGAGGUGAUGACCCAGCGCUCCCUAGCUGGGCUCUUUCCCCGAACAUCUUUGCCAUCGUCCUUUGCUGCGUCGUCAUCGGCGGGGACGACAGGAGCUACGACAACAACAACAACAACAACGGUGGCGCAGACAGCUUCUGCCGGACCUGGCGUUGCUGCAGGUGGUACCUCUCACUCGCGAGGUUUCGUGGGCGCUUUUGCGAGCUCGCAUCGUGAUUGGCUUACUGAAAUUGGUGAAAAUAUAUAUCAUAAUAGACAGGAAUCAGGAAUUGAUCUGAGUUCCAGUCUUCUUGUCCAUCUGGAUUUCUUACGCAGAUGCCCUGACAGUAGUGUACUUUCAAAAGAAAAUAUGGCCGACGUUUUGAAUGAUAUUGUUCGAACGAUCGUCAAAUUAUUGAAGACCUUUGACUUCUUCGUCCCCCCUAACCCGAUCACAGUUUCUCUUUUCAAGUUAGUUUUACAGCGUCCUGAAGUACAGAAGAGAAAAAACCGACAACCACCCAGUGCAUGGAUCGGCAACCGAAUGGGUGUUCUGAGUGACCCCUUUUUCUUACCCAACAAAAGAUCUUCAAUGCGUGACCCCCAUGUGCAAAGACCUACAGAGUCAGAGGUAUCAACUUCAAAAGUGUUUCGCCGUUCCCAAUCAAUGUCCCCAGGAUCUCGAAGGUUAUCGUUGAACUCCAUAGAUCUUCACGUGAAUAUGUCAUUCUCUCGGCCUUUCAUGAUGUCCGGUAGACUGCAGAGGGCCCAUUCGGACAUUUUCAAUCCCACCGACUGUGUGGAACGAGCACUGCGUCUAGCCACCACUCUACUCUGUCCAAAUACUUGUUCUAUUAUUGCUCACCUAACCGCCGCUAUUAGAAGCAUCCGGAGCAACACAAAUCGUGAAGGUUUUCAAGAGGACUACUUCCCUUUAUCUAGCGUUGAAUGCAUGGCGGUUCUCAUGGCACCGAUUCUGUUUCCGGUGGUCUCUCAACGUAGGGUGACUCAUAGUUCUCGUCUAGACUGUGGGGAAUGGAGGGAGGCUCUUUUGACCACUCUUUUCUCUGCUGACGCGGGGAAGUGUAUCCAACCCGCUGAGCUUCUUCUUGACAUAGUUGAUCCAACUAAGAUUCCUUCGCUAGCUAAAAGAAAACCGGCGUCACAACAGCGAUUAGCUAACUUGGGGAAGACCUAUGAACUGAUGAAACUGUUGAAUGGGAUUCUUGAGGACCGAGCCAUGGACCCCAAGGUGAAGCUGAAUCAUCUUCGACAGUUAAACAAGGCCUAUUUACAGUUCCAAACCUUCCAUGGGGACGUCUUCUGGAUGCGUUUUGGCGAUGUAAAAACGGCGGAGAGGUAUUUCGACCGCCUCAACCAUCGAAUCGCAAAUGCUUCAACUAAGAAGGCUCCAGAGACGCCGGUUGCAGGUAUGCCAAAGUCGAGUAGUGCGUUCUUCCGGCGAAGGGAAAGUUGGGAGGCAACUGACCUGGUCCAAAGGUCACACUACCGAGCGAAGUCAUGGACGGCCGAGAGUGAGGUGCUUAUGGAGUCGUCUGCUGGCGCCUCAUUCUUUUGGUCGCAUAUCUUGCUCGUUAUGGGUCCCGCGUACAAAGUUGCUGAUAUUGGUCUUGCUGAGUGGGGGCGUCGAGAGAUUGAAAUAGCUGAGAAUGAGAUGCCGGGAUUGAUGAAACUGCGUGCCAUGUAUGGCGCAGCUCAGCCCCUUAAAGGAGCUCGCAUUAGUGGUUGCCUUCACAUGACUAUCCAAACCGCAGUUCUUAUCGAAACCUUAACUGCCCUAGGUGCUAAAGUUCGUUGGUCAUCGUGCAACAUUUUCAGCACCCAGGAUCAUGCAGCCGCUGCCAUUGCCAAAACUGGAGUUCCUGUAUUUGCUUGGAAAGGUGAAACUGAGGAAGAGUACGUAUGGUGCAUGGAACAGACACUGCAGUUUGAGGACGGUCCGCUGAACAUGAUUCUUGACGAUGGUGGUGAUCUAACCAGUCUCGUUCACGACAAAUAUCCCCACCUUUUAAGUGGUAUCAAAGGUGUCACUGAGGAGACAACCACUGGAGUUCACGCACUCUACAAGCGCCAAAGGGAGGGCAAAUUAAAGUGUGCCGCUAUGAAUGUCAAUGACUCUGUUACAAAGAGCAAGUUUGACAAUCUCUAUGGUUGUCGAGAGUCACUGGUUGACGGUCUUAAACGGGCCACUGAUGUCAUGUUGGCCGGUAAAACGGCUUUUGUUGCUGGGUAUGGUGACGUUGGUAAAGGUUGCUGCCAAUCUCUCCGUUCCUAUGGCUGUCGUGUAUUGGUCAGUGAAAUUGACCCAAUCAACGCUCUUCAGGCUGCCAUGGAAGGCUACGAGGUAACGACCGUUGAUGAAGCCGCCAAAGAAGCUCAUAUCUUCGUCACGGCCACGGGCUGCUGCGAUGUUAUUGUGGGGCGUCAUUUUGAACAGAUGCCGGAAGACGCGAUAGUUUGCAACAUCGGACACUUCGACGUCGAGGUUGAUGUUGCUUGGUUGAAUGAAAACUGUGUGGAAAAGGUGAAAGUGAAGCCACAGGUGGAUCGUUACCUUCUGAAAAAUGGUCGGCAUAUUAUCCUCCUAGCUGAGGGUCGUUUAGUUAACUUGGGCUGUGCUCAUGGCCACUCGAGUUUUGUCAUGUCAAACUCAUUCGCCAAUCAAGUCCUCGCGCAAAUUGAGCUUUACACGAAAUCUGAAAACUACCACAUUGGUGUCUUUAUGCUGCCCAAAAAGUUGGACGAGGAGGUAGCCGCAGCUCAUCUGGACCAACUUGGAGCCAAGCUGACGAGGCUUACCAAGGAGCAGGCCGAGUACAUAGGCGUCCCAAUCGAUGGGCCCUAUAAAGUGGAUCACUAUCGUUACUAA